GACGACAAUCACGUAGCGGUUCUCUGGCAUCGCAGUCGUACGUAACGUCCGCCAUCUUUUCUUUGUCGCUCGUCUCGUUACGGAUCGUAAUUCUGCAAUAUUGGCACAUAAUUUGUCGAGGAAACACGUAUUUUACUACGAGAAGUGAAAACGACGCGAGGGAAAGAUGAGUUACGGCAGGCCGCCGCCCCGUAUCGACGGGAUGGUCUCUCUGAAAGUCGACAAUCUUACAUACAGGACGACGCCGGAAGAUCUGAGGCGCGUGUUCGAACGAUGCGGGGAGGUCGGCGAUAUUUACAUCCCUCGCGAUCGCUUCACGCGUGAGAGCCGUGGCUUCGCGUUCGUCAGAUUUUAUGAUAAACGUGAUGCUGAAGAUGCAUUGGAUGCCAUGGAUGGAAGGCUGCUGGAUGGCAGGGAACUUCGAGUUCAAAUGGCUCGAUAUGGACGUCCAACGUCUCCGCACCGUAGUCGUGGAAGUCGUCGCCGUGGCAGAUCACGAAGUAGAAGUAGAGAUCGGAGACGUUCUCGAACUCGAUCUCGCAGCAGGUCACGCAGCCGUGAUAGAGAUCGCAGGCGCUCUUACAGCCGUAGUCGCAGUCGCUCUCGUUCUGACAGCAAAAGCUCGCGUGGCAAAUCACGCUCGCGCAGCAAAUCUCAAGAUAGGCAAAAAGACAGUCGAUCCAAAUCCAGGGACUGAGCUUAUUGAAGAGUGCAAGCAGAUAAGAAUGAAUGUUCGCGCGUCCAUCGAGUGCCGAAUAAUCUAUGUUGAGAUUGAAAAAAAAGGUAUUCCAUCACCUUUUAUAGCAACACUGUCGCACGCUUCUUCAUGUUCUUCUAUCAUUUAAAUACAUACAUAUUAUAUACAUAUAUUUGAAUUAAUGCUACGUAUCUCUCUAAUUUAGAAACGUGAUUAGUUUUUCUAUAACACGUUUUCUUCUGUGUUCUUCUCCCUUAUUCGCGCUUUGACAGUUUUCAUUGUGCAACAACUAUUCGUUGCUCCCGUUUCAUUGAUUGAAUUGACUCAUCAGAAUGCAAAAACAAUUUUGCAUUUAUACUUCACGAUAAAGGAGUUCUAGUUGAUAAAUGAUUUUACAAUCUAAGAUUAUAUAUUACGUUUGAUGAGACCCACGAAGUUACAUGUAUCAUUUGCUAUAUUUUUCAAUGGAGAUUAAUAUUGCAAAAUUGAAUCAUUAGGACCCUUUACUAUAUAUUUUAUUCUUCUGCUUCCUAAAUCACACCUAUUCUUUACCGUGUAGUGUUAACGCGAUGAAGUUUACACUAUGUACACACUUAUAAACGAUGUUGACAAAUAUUGUUGGCGAACGAGCUUUAUUCAGAAGAUUUUUCGGACAUUGUGCAAGUAGCAAUCGCACCUUGUAAACAAAUUAAGCAGCUAAAAUUCAGUAAAUUAUGAGUGCAAGAGCUAUAUUAGAACUGUAUUAAUGUAGAUGUUAAACUAGAAUUUUAGACUAAAUUAAUACUUUAAAAGUUCAGUCAAAUUUGUAUCUCGCUUUGUUAGGCAACUGCGCAACUUCAAACGUGCUACUUUCGUGAAACUUGUGUUGCUAUGGAUGUGAAAUAUUAUACACAAAAACGCUUCUAUGCGAAACAAGAUAAUGGCAUUUUUAACUCUUGGAUUUUGGACGAGAAUAACAUUUUCAUUACUUGUCAAUAAUAUUUGUCAAUAAUAAUCUCUACCUGUGUACCUAGACUCAAAGAGAAUCUUUUACUACCUAUGAAUGGAUUCAGAGUUUUUUAGGUUUAUUCUCACGCACGACAAUACAUUUCUAGAAGUAAGUUUUGCGUUGAUAGGAAAUCGUUCAUGUAAAUCUGCAUAUCGUAGAUUCAUUUGUAAUAAAGCGCAGUGAGUUGCAGAAGGCGAAACUAUCUAUAUAUCCCUUGUUUUUCCUUUGUGGAUAUGUAACAUUUCGUUCCGACUAGAUUAUUAUUUGUCAAAAAUAACUUUCUCCAGAGCAUUUAAGCAUUAAUUGUUAAGUGCAAAAGUGUAUUCCAAAGUAGUCUUUACAAAACUGUACUAAUCUUUACUCAAGGCACUGUUUAAAGUAGCGGCUGUCAGCUUAUGUUCAGCUUUACUAAGGAAACGGCUAAUUACAUAAAUUCUUAACGUCAUUGCAAAACAUGUUUAGCCGCACAAUAAUACAAAUUUCCUUAUACAUAACUGCAGAUGUUGAAAAAUUUUAUGUUACGCAAAUAAGCGGGAGAUAAUUGAAGAAAAGCCAACAAAAGAUUCCUAUAAUUUUACACUCGAUAAACGUGUAUAUAUUUAUAUAUAUAUAUAUGCAACACACACAUACACACAUAUAUGUACUUUGUAUAUUAUUACGUACUAUUAUGUGAAAGCAUAAAAUUUACUCGUCGGCAAUCGGCCGGCUCGUGGAAUUGUAAUCUUUUCGAUAUCUAGGAGGCACGAAGCUUGUAGAACCUUGGAUUCAAGGGUGGUUGCUGCGAGGUAUUGAAUUGGUCUCCCCCGAAGAAUAUUGUCGCGUUAUAUUACUUAUGUAACCUGUUACAGUCAAAAUGUUACGCUCCACUGGUUAUCACUCGACGACGCAUAUCACGAAAUACACAAAAAUCAUAGAGUCUGUUGAUACAAAAAUAUUUAUGCAGAAUAAGAUCACAAAAAUCAAUGCCUGUUCCAAUUAAAUCCAAAGAUACUUGUUCGUUCAACAUUCUGGCUGUAACACGUUCUUCAUUAUCCUAUUAGUUUAUUCUCACUUGUAUCCACCUACAACCCUAUA